GGCUUCGUUGCCGGUUUCUCCUCCAGUAACCUCGGCGACGUCACUCCGAACACUCGAGGACCUCGCUGUGUGAACACCGGACUGCCCUGCGACUACCUGAACAGCUCCUGUCCUGUAGGAGGGACUAAGAUGUGUAAGGCGUUCGGACCUGGAGAAGACAUGUUCGACAGCACAAGGAUCAUCGGACACAACAUCUACAGCAAGGCUAAGGAGCUGUAUGCUAACGCAGUCGAAGAGGUGACUGGCUUCCUUCACUCCGCCCACCAGUGGGUCAACAUGACAAAUGUUACUGUUCAGAUCAACGACACACACACGGUCAGUACAUGUAAACCAGCUCUGGGUCACAGUUUUGCAGCAGGAACAACAGAUGGAGGAGGAGACCUGAACUUCACUCAGGGCGCGGUGGAAGGCGACCCGUUCUGGGACGGGAUCAGAGACGCUCUCCUGGGGGAGCCGUCCAAUCAGACGCAGGAGUGUCAUCAUCCCAAACCGAUCCUGUUCAGCACUGGGGAGAUGAACUGGCCUCUGCCGUGGCAUCCUCAGAUUGUCGACGUCCAGAUCAUCACCAUCGGUUCUGUAGCUGUCGUAGCUGUUCCUGGAGAGAUGACCACCAUGUCGGGGAGGAGGCUGAGAGAAACGGUCAAACAGGAACUCGAGUCCGAGGGGGCGUUCAAGGACACAGAGGUGGUGAUCGCUGGCCUGAGUAACAUCUACACUCACUACAUCACCACCUACGAGGAGUAUCAGGUUCAGAGGUAUGAAGGAGCCUCCACCAUCUACGGUCCGCACACGCUCAGUGCCUACCUGCAAAAGUACAAAGGCCUGGCCAGAGCAAUCGCACAGGAUCGAGUGUCAGAGCUGCCCGCCGGCCCUCAGCCUCCCUUCUUUCAGAAACUCUUCAAUCUGAUGCCUGCGGCCCCCGUUGACAGAAAACCGGUGAACAGCAGCUUUGGAGACGUCCUGCAGCAGGUGUACCCCGUCUACAGACAGGGCGAUGUUGUCUCCGUCACGUUCGUAGCAGGAAAUCCUAGACAUUCUGGAGACAUCAGAGAUAAAACUUUCAUUACUGUGGAGAUUUAUGACAACAGAACAGAAACCUGGAAUGUUGUCUACACUGAUGCAUCAUGGGAGACCAGGUUUCACUGGCUGAAGGGUUCAAACCAGCAGAGUAACUCCACGGUCGAGUGGCACAUUCCCCCGUCGGCCCCCAGCGGUUCCUACAGGAUCAGACACUUCGGGCACUACAAGCAGCUGAAAGGCCUGCGGCCCGUCAUCACACCGUACGAAGGCAUAUCCGACGUCUUCAGAGUCGCCCACAGCUUUUACUAUCAGUGAGGUCAGCACCUCCUCCGAGGUCCCAGCUCCUGAUCGUCGAGGAGCAGAAAACCAAGAUGACAUUCCAGGACCUUUCUUCAACAGCUCUGACCUGAAACUUGUGAAUUUGUUGGGUUUUAGGAUCAAAUCAACAGUUUCAUCCUGCGGAAAUAAAAUACAGAUCAUGCCUCGUG